UUGGCUGGCCCGGCUGAAGAAAAAGAUUUAAAAAAGGAGAAUAAUUUGUGUCUGAGGAACAUCCUUGACUGAGCUGGAAGCAUCAGAGAAGCAGCAUCAUGUACUUUGCUUUGGCUGUACCCUGUGCCUUUCUGCUGAUCCACACUGUCCUCCAUCCUGUGCUGGGAUGGCCAUCUCUUAAAAACGAUGCCACAGAGAUCAUUCCAGGAAACAUCGAAAAUGCAGAGGUUGUCGUAGAAGCGACCAUCACCAGCGACAACUACACGCUGAACCAGGCUAAACAUGGGGGCAGGUACCUGCACCAAUCCACAGACCCAACAGAUCCCUCAGAAUUUAGCUGCAGAGAGCUUCGUUCUACUCAGCACAUCACAGAUGGGCCGUGUCGCAGCCUCAAACCUGUGAAAGAGCUGGUUUGUUCAGGCCAAUGUUUGCCAUCACAUCUCCUUCCAAAUUCCAUUGGCAGAGGAAAAUGGUGGCGCCAGAGCUCAAUGGAUUACCGUUGCGUGCCAGCUCACAGUCACACCCAACGCAUUCAACUCAUGUGUCCCGACAAUGAAGUGCGAACAUACAAAAUUCGAGUGGUGACCUCAUGCCGAUGCAAAAGAUACACCCGCUUCCAUAACCAAUCACAGCUAAAAGAUUUUGGAAAGGACAUAGUGAAGCCUGCAAAGAGCAAGAAACCUCGGCUUGCGAGGCUGAGGGGCAAAUCAAACCAGCAUGAACUGGAAAAUGCAUAUUAAUCACCCAAUGCUAAGACAGAGGCUAUUUAUAUGUUGUGCAAGGAUGAGGUGACUGUGUUGAUUUGCUCAGCACAUGCAGAUUAAGUCUAAGGAGUUGCUUAAGGAAUUUAAGAUUAAGGCUGACGUACAGUAUUAUCUACAGAUUAAGAUGAACAGGCCACUUAGCAUCCUUUAAAAAGAGCGACUGGAGUAGAGAAGAGAAUAUACUCAGUAUAUUAUUUUGUAAUAACGCAUAUUAUAUUCCAGAGCAUUCAGUCACUUCUUGUGCAUAAUGGCAGCCUGCUCAUACAGAUGGCUCCCACACAGAAGUAGAAGGAAAGAGGUUGAGAGACUACUGCAAAAAUUUACAAUAUGAAAUCAUGUACAUUUGGAGAUUGCAUGAAGUGAAAUGGACUUUGAAACUAACAGCUUGUAUAUGCUAUGUACCAUAGCCCAAAGCCAAUUUGUCAUAUAUAAACGUGUAUAUAGUGCAUAUUCUAUAUAAGAGCAAGUGUUCCCACAAAUGAUAAAUAUACUGUAUACAAAUGUAAUUCAUUCUUCAUUUACAAUUCCAACAUAAGCUCCUUGUUCAAUUAUCUCUAUUCUUACCACAAGGAAGCCUCCUGUGAGAGUAGAAUAUAGGACCUUUACUCUCCAACCGCAGAUCGUAGAACUCUCCCUACAUGAGUUCGGCUACAUGGAUUGCAGUGUAGUGGUGCUAGCAAUGACUAGGAUUGCAGCGAGACACAUUUGCAGUCACUUUGACCCCAGAUUUGCAAAAUCUAGGGUUAUAGUGACUGCAAAUGUGUUGUGCUGCAAUUCUAUUCAUUUCUAUGCUAGCACUGUGAUCCUUGGGAUACAACAGCUGUCGGGCGACCAAAAUCACCAUGUAGCCAAACCCUUAUAUCUUUCUAAUAGCUGUUAUCUAAAAAAUUCAUGGAGUCAGAAGCUUUCAUGGAAUCUAAUACAGUAGAAACCUAUUGCAAGGUGGCCCCUUAUAUACUGGGCCCCUGUAUGUAUGUCCACCUGAGUUAGGCCUCUUUCACAUGGGCAAGAUUUCCGCGUGGGUGCAAGUCGUGAGGUUAACGCAUUGCACCUGCACUGAAUCUGGACCCAUUCAUUUCUAUGGGGCUGUGCAGAGGAGCAGUGAU